CUGUAAGGCAUUGAGCGUUGACUAUGUUUAUGAUGUGUGAGUCACACAACACAUACAACACAUUCACUCUCACAACACAUUCUAUGCAUUGAUUUUGACUUUAAUUUUCUCACUUUUGUUGUCAUUAUAUUUUGUGUUGUAUUUUAUGAUUUUUGUUUUGUUUUUUUGUUUGUUUGAGUCUAUCAUAUCAUAUAUCAACCAUUUAUUAAUUGUUGUUGUGUUUAGUCUUCAAACAACUGUGUGGUGUUGUCUUCAAAAAAAUAUUGAUCAAACAUCUUAGCCAUUAAUUUACAUUAUUAUUAUUAAUAUAUUUACAACUAUAAUAUAUGUUACCAAUUGAUCCAAACAAAUGCCAACAAAGUUUUGUGGAUUCAAUCAUUGAGUUAUUGUUUGCAUUGUUUAAAGUUUAAGAUAAUGUGAUUUUUGUUUGUUUAAUGGGUUUAUUAUCGUUUGAUUUUCUCUUCAACUACACGACCAUCACUACUAUCAUUGGACACCAUGAAUGGCAACAACAACAACAACAACAGUAGCAAUCAAACCAAUGGCAAUAUAGGUAUUGGCAAUAUCACCAGCAAUGGUCCCAAAAAGAUCAUCAGAAAUCUGGCCCUCAAACGUAUCAAAGAAGUUAUCAAUAUUGACAACAAGGUGAAACUCGAUAGAGUGCUUGGAUUUACCAUAUCAGGCAAUGUAGCACUUGAUUGUGACCCAUCAUCUAAUUGUAUUGUAUAUCCAGCCGGUUGUGUUUUAGUUGUGUAUAACAUCCGCCGCAACAAACAAAUACAUACCAUUAAUACUUGUAAAAAGCCGAUCACAGCCACAAAAUUUUCAAACGAUGGCAAAUAUAUUGUUACCGGAGAGUGCGGGCAUCAGCCACACGUACGUGUGUGGGACGCCUCCACAUGUGAACAGGUGGCAGCUUUUGCUGGACACAAGUUUGGCAUCAAUUGUGUGGCAUUUUCGCCGAACAACAAAUAUGUUGUAUCUGUCGGAUCACAACACGAUAUGAUAGUGAAUGUCUGGGACUGGAAGAAUAAUCUGAAAAUUGCCUCCAAUAAGAUCUCCUGCAAAGUAAAGGCACUGUCCUUUUCCAGUAAUGGCCAGUAUUUUGUUACUGUUGGCAAUAGACACGUAAAGUUCUGGUAUUUGGAGUAUUCAAAGUCACCGCGAAAUAAAUUUGAAUCGUUGCCAUUGAUGGGCCGGUCAGCCAUUUUAGGAGAUCAGCGCAAUAAUUAUUUCUGUGAUGUCGCCUGUGGUCGGGGGCAGAUGUCCGACUCGACCUAUUCUAUCACCAAAUCUGGUUUAUUGUGCGAAUUCAAUAACCGAAGACUUCUCGAUAAAUGGGUUGAACUUAGGACAACGAGUGCCAAUUGUAUCAGUAUUAGUGAUGAAUUGAUUUGUGUGGGAUGUGCUCAGGGAAUUGUCAGAUGUUUUGAUCCUAAAAAUUUACAUUUCAUAUGCACAUUACCCCGACCGCACACAUUGGGCAUUGAUAUUGCCCGUGGAUUUACUAGAAACGAUUUAAGUUCGGGUUCAUCGGCCAAUUCUAACGCCAAAUAUGCCGAUACAAUAGCCGUAGCGUUAGAUCAGACCAACCAAGUAGUUACUUGUGUUUACGGUGACCGUAGUAUUUAUUUUUGGACAAUUUCCAAUAUAAAGAAAAUUGGAAAAUUACAUUCAUUUUUAUAUCACUCAAGUUGUAUUUGGGCCAUAGAGACUUAUCCUAAUGUUAGCAAUGGUGCCAAACAAUUGUUACCUUCGGGUACAUUCCUUACCUGUUCAUCGGAUGAUACGAUACGCAUAUGGAAUCUAAAUGUUAUUAAAGGCUCUCAAGAAUCUAAUUAUGUUUAUAAAAGAAAUAUUUUUAGUCCCGAAUUGUUGAAAAUAUUAUAUAUGGAUCCAGAAAUGUCAUAUAUAUGCGACAUUGAUGUCAAUCCUAAUGAUAGCAAUGAAAAAUCUGAUACAACCUAUGAUGGAAAAAACGGUGUCCGAUCGUUGAAACUAUCACCCGAUGCCAGACAUUUGGCUUCUGGCGAUCGUUCGGGUAAUAUACGAAUCUUUGAUUUAGACCUACAGCAAGACUUGUGCAAAAUCGAAGCCCACGACUCGGAAGUACUGUGUCUCGAGUACUCUGAUGAACACAAUUUUGGUGGCAAAUCAUUGUUGGCUUCGGCCAGUCGAGACCGACUCAUACAUAUCUUUGAUGUUAGACAACAGUAUUCAUUUGUACAAACAAUGGACGAUCAUUCGUCAUCGAUAACUGCUGUAAAAUUUGUCUGCAAUAGAGAACAAAAAAAUCUACAAAUGAUUAGCUGUGGAGCCGAUAAAUCUGUGAUAUUUAGAAAAGGUGUUGAUAUUAAUGGACAGUCAUUUAAUUUUGUUAGAGAACAUCAUAUCGUGGGAAAGACAACACUGUACGAUAUGGAAGUGGAUGUCGAACAGUGUUACGCUUUGACGGCAUGUCAGGACCGUAUGAUUAGGGUCUAUGAUGUUAAGUCGGGUAAAAAUACUACCAAUUUUAAGGGUUCUCAAGGAGAUGAUGGUACACUGAUUAAGAUAGCACUUGACCCUAGUGGCCAGUUUGUUGCCACUAGUUGUACCGAUAAAAGUCUAUACAUAUAUGAUUAUCAAUCGGGUGACUGUUUGGCAGCGACCAGUGGUCACUCGGAACUGGUAACUGGUCUAAAGUUUUCGCAAGACGGCAAAAAUUUGAUAUCAGUUUCCGGUGACGGAUGUAUAUUCAUUUGGAAAUUACCUAAUGAUAUGGUCAAUGCUAUCGCUGCAAAAUUGGGAUUACCUGCCGUUCCUUAUGUAAUGGAAAGUCCCAAACUUGAAUUGUCUGCCAAACCGUUGUUAAUCCAAAAUAAUGAGACAAACAAUGAUGAGAAAACAAAUGGUGAUAAUAACUCGUCAGCACUCUAUCGGUUUAAUCUCAAGUCGUUACCUCUUUGGGCCAAAAAACAAAUGUUCGAAGAGUUGAGUCGCGAUCCGAAUGCCACCCAAACGGGUGGCGACUUAGAUCGUAACGCGAAGCCAGCGGUUCCGGCAAAAGGACGGUGGGCUCAGCGGAUGGAGAACAGCCAGAAUCUAGUCGUCAAAUCGUAUUUGACUGAAGAUACAGUUAUUCCGUAUCCCAAUGUCAAGCAACAGCAGAAUACCGUCAUCGACGGUGAUUCGGGUAAAUAUCUGAAUAAUAAGUUGAAAUCAGACAAGAAUAAUGGCGACCACCGAUAUCGGGCUACCGAUUCAUCGUCGGCCAGCAGUUUUCCGCACGACGAAGACGACGAUUUUAAUACUACCGACAGCGACAAUACCGGCUAUUCUAACGAUAAGCUAACGAGUUCUGUGUUCAAAGUAAAUGAAUCGCCGGACACCAGAUUCCGUAAGAAUAAUACUUUCAACAAUCGUUUUCCAAGAACUGGUGGUGUUAUGCCAUCGAUAAGUGUUCCCAAUUUUAAUGAACUGCACAGCGAUGAUGAAGACGACUCAAACACUACUGUCGAUGAUAGCGAACGAAGUGCUAUAUCGAAAAAUUCGUUUUAUAUGUCAACUGAAAACUUAGAUCGAAUCGACCAAAGAGACAAAUAUCUGAAAAGUGCUUUUGAAAAUUUGGAUCAAUUAAAUGAUAAUAAUCAAGUCAGUGAAAAGUCAAGAAAUAAUUCAGAUUCAUCGACAACGAAUCGGGCGAGUCUUUCAGCUAAAUAUCAUUCGAAGACAUCGCCAAUUAGUCCCAAAAUGAGCCCAAACAACAACACCAAUGAGAGCAGCAAUAAUCACAGCACAAACAAUAGAGUCAUUAAUAAUAAUAAGACACCGUUGAGUUCAAAGCCACCCAUUUCUAAGCGCAGAGAAGAACUAACCAAAGCGAUCAGUGAAGCGCGAAAAAAGCUUCAAACGUUGGGUUGGAAAGGUUCGGGUCUGAGUAACUCGAAAAGUGUGGCCAAUUUGAGAGACUAUUCCGACUACGAAUCGGACAACGCUAAGGAUGUCAACGGUGACGAUGCUUCUGAAGCCAUUCGACGAUCGAUAUCAUUGAGUGAUCUAUCAUUUGGACCGAAACACAAACGUUUGUCCGCUUCUCAGCUAAAUUUAAAUGCAAAUAACUCUUCGGCGGCACCUCUUUGGGAGAAGAAUAAAAACGGUGAUUCCAAUGCCAGCGAUACAGUGUCUCGUAGUACUAGUAUAAGUACAUUAAAUAAAAGCGAUAGCAAUAAAUCGUUUACAAUGAAGAAUAAAGGACUCUGGGGUAACGGUGCUCCCGCUAAGCCUCCCUUAUCGGGACGUGUGAGUGCACCGCCAACUCAGGCCAGAAAAGCGAUCGAUUCGUAUUCAAGUGGUCGACCCGACAGUUCGGAGGACGAGAUGUCGUCAUCGUCCGACGAAAAGCGCUACCCUCGACCUUCGACACCUCCUAAACCUAAUAUUCUUAAACAAAUUCGCCGAUCAUCGACCAGCCAUACUAUUCCCCAACUAAAAGAGCCAUCACUUCAGUCGCACACUAGAAGUCGAAAGCUCUGGAAUAGUGAGAUGAGAUCGUCGAAGAGUGAAUACAAUUUGUCAAACAUUGGCAGAGAAACACCAAUCAGGUUGAGAAAUAAGAGCAUUUCAGGCAAUGGAUUGUGGGGUUCAUCGACGGCUUUACCGCAAAUACAAAACGAAAAACUUGACUUAGCUAUGACUAAUCCAUCGACUGUUCCUCUUACUCAAGAAUUGUGUCAAUUGGUGGUCAACGAAUUGGGCUCAAUAUCGCGAUACGCCAUCAGAAUUCUUGAGCGUUCAUCAGAAUCGGGAAACACAAAUAUGAGACAAUUCUUAAGCGACAACAUAUCGACAAUAUGUCAUACAUUGCAGUCAUCGACAGCCACGACGGCGACAUCACAGCCACAACAACAACCAUCACAUUCCAUACCAAGCAUUCGCUUAAACAAUGAGACAACAAUUGUCAGUCCGACGAUCGCCAACAAUGCAAACAACAUUCCCUACAAUAGUCUUCCUCCAGAAAGUAUGACACACGCCAUGACUUUAUUACAGCAAUAUUCCGAUAAAUUGCUUAAUUUAGUCGAACAGAAGUUCACCAAAAAAGAGUGAUUUUUACUAAUUGAUUGAAACCAAUGUUUUUUUUUUUUAAAAAAAGACAUUAUUUUUCGUGCCUUCCAUUGUUUGCCUUUUUUAUAUCAAUAGGUUUGCCUUAAAAAACAAAUUUCCUUUAACUUAAAACAAUGAAAAAUCAUGUUUAUAUAUAUACAUACAAUCAUUGACAACAUUGACAUUCAAUUUAUAAAUUU